AUGCCUCCAGGUAUCUAUGGUGACAAUUCAGUUCGACCGUCUUCAAAUUUUCUUCUCCCCUACAAGACCGCGACGGGUAUGUUGGGGGACGCCAAGGAUUUCGCUGCGGUCCUGCGUUGGGCUGCCGCCUUUUGGGACGCCGACCUCGAGGAGGUCUGGGACCCCUACCUUCGCAAGCCAUUCGGCAACUUUGUGUGCGCGUUGGCCGCCAGGUUCGCCGACGCUGAAAAGGCGCAUCGCAUGGAGCAUCAUGUGGCAGCGACGACGAAAUUGAACACUGGGCUGCCGUGGUAUAGCCUGCCGACCUCGCGCAUGCGGAUUGUCAAGGACAAAUUCAAUCACCAGUACGGAUGA